CUUUCACACAAGCCCCCUUACCUGUACACACACACACUACAUACACAUAUACAGAUACACUUUGCUUUCUGCAGUCACAGAAUCAGCAUUUCUAGGGAGGUCCAAGGUGGGGGCAGGUCAGCAAGGGUGAGAGGGGAACCCAGCGAGGAAGCAGGGGCCCGCAACCCGUGCCAGGUUCGCGCCCAGGGGCUCCAGCCCAGAAGAUUGUUCCGGGCGCCGACAGGUGCGGUCGCCCACAGGUGAGCGCCCACAGGUGAGCUCCCCCAGCUCCCUCCCAGCUUUCCAGUCUCCAUCCGCCCCCCCGCAAACCCUGGCGAGAGGAGCCGUUCCUACCUUCCGCCAGACAGAUUGACUCUUCCUAUCUGAGGCUGGAUUGGAUCCAUGCUACUACUUAGGAGGAUGAGGAGGUAAUACAUUCCAGACAAGGGAGCCCCCAAAGGGGUGGGGAUCAGAUACAAGAGAAACAGCAAACAGGACCUGCAAGGAGACCAGUCACCAGAUCCCAAAGAAUGUGGAAGAGCAAAAUUGUGUAUGAGAUACUAUGGCAAGUCAACUAGUGAAAUCUGCAGAGAAUAAAAGUUGUAAGCGCCCAAGAGAAAUGGAGAAUGAAACUUUAAUGAGUCCACAAUUGCCUUCCCUUCCAAAAUCAGAUUCUACUUUUUCUGAAAGUGCUAUGCCAUCAUUUUAUAAAGCUGAAGUUCUGGAGAAAGUUUUAAAUGAUAUGAACAAGGAGAUUAAUCUACUGUUGACUAAAUAUGCACAGAUUUUAAGUGAGAGAGCAGCAGUGGAUGCUUCUUACAUUGAAGAGUUUGAUGCAAUCUUCAAAGAAGCCAGUACUUUAGAAAAUCUUCUAAAACAAAAAAGAGAAAGUCUGAGGCAAAGAUUCACAAUGAUUGCAAAUACUCUGCAAAGCUAAAAUGAAAUAUAUAUGCAAAAUAACAUGAAAUACUAAGCUCUUUGUACACCAUAUCUGUUGUAUAUUUAAAAUGUUAAUAUGUGCUUUGAAAAGAUAAUAUCCAUCCCCUAAAAUUAGUUAUAGUUAUAGAAAAUGUAUAUAAUUCAUUUAUAAAAGGCAAUAUUCAAGAGUUUUUGUUGGAUUUGAUAGAGCUUUUAAGCUAGAUAUCACUUUCAAAUAUUUGGUUUUUAUCUUGAAGUGUUAAUAACUGACAUAUUGAUAAAAAUGUAAAAUUUUGUUAGCCUAAUCACAUGUGGGUAAUUUUCUGUUUGUCUUAAAACUUCUAUCAUUUUAAAGAGGACUUCUCAGGAUAAAUGAACACAAACCAGCUUGAAAGUGAAUCUGAUAAUAUUUCAUCAUAUUUGUGUAAUUCUUUCAACUUGUAUCAUUUUUUUCACAGUUUUCUUGGGACAGUUUUAAAGAUGUGUUUUAUGGUUUAUUUUCUUGUUACUGCUUUAUUAGAAAGUUGAUCCAAAGUACACAUUAAAAUUGAGUUCCAUAUGUUA